GGAAACGGCGCCGAGAGGGCGGGACGCGGCCCCCGGCUCGGGCAGGCCGAGGGCCGGCUCGUCGGGCCCCGCUGCCCCUGCUCCCGGUGCUGUGUGACAGUAGGAGCCGGGCCGGUGGCGGCCUCCCCCCCUCGGGAAGGGGAGUGAGGCCUGAGCGCUUGGGCUGGAAGGCUAAGGAGCCGCAGCGCGAAGCUUCCCCGUUGGUGCGUGUUUGCUGUGGAUGGAGGUGAACCUCAGCCUCGGAAAGAAUGGCCAGCAGUCCUGAGAAUAACGCAUCCCUCUCUGUUCAGAAAGUCACACGCUCAGAGAGUUCCCAAGCAAAGAAGUCCCAGCAUGCAGAAGAAGCAAUCUUUUACAUGAACUGCCGAGCAGCCUAUCUAACUGUUUUGAAAAGCAGUUUAGAAAAUAUUAAAUCAAAAGAACAACUCAGUUUAGUACUUCAACAGGCUGGAAGAAAUCCGUCUCAGAAGACAGUUAAUAAAUAUUGGACUUCACAAACAACUACACUGAAUUUUGAUGACUUUUGUACCAUUUUAAAAAAAGAAAAACCAGCUACAAAAACAGAACUGCUUGAAGCAUUUGGAAAAAUAGACCCAGAUAACACUGGGUAUAUUUUACAUGAUGAACUUUAUAAAAUUCUUACAACGAGAGGUGAAACAAUGACUCGGGAUGAAGCGAGUGCCAUUAUUAAACAAGCGGAUUUUAACUGCGGUGGCAAACUUGACUACAACAAGUUUUGUGACUUGUACAUGACAACCAGUGAGCAGUGCUGCAAGACUGCACGAGAGAAACUGGAAGUUGAUGGUCGACUGAGGCAGCAGCAGUUUGGAAGUCAAACUGAAACUUCUUGUGAAGGGAUCACACUGCCAGUGUCAAAACCAUCACCAAGAAUCUCAAGGAAAACUGAUCACAAACUAGCACCAACAAAAGGUGAUAGCAGAACUCCUUCAAGACCAUCAUCAGCUCAAAGUUGCAAAGCAUCCGUUUCUACCACUAUCAGCAUGGGGGCCGGUAGCAACAGGAACACAAAGCUAAUUGAGCCAGACACAAUGAAGGAAUGGCAAUGUGCACAAUCCAAAGGAUGCUUCUACUUAGAAGAAGAUGGUGAAAUCAUUAGUCACAAGUACAGGUUGCACUUACCUCAAAGGUCUACAGUAUGUAUUACCAUCAAGCCUUUAAACGUUCGUCAGGUAGAAGGAAAACCUUGUCACUGGUUGUCAGUGGAUACAGCUUUGUAUAUUCUGAAGGAAAAUGAAACCCAAGAAAAUCUACAGCUUGUGAGCUUUACUGAACAACAAAACAAAGAGAUGUUUGGAUGGAGAGGGGAGCUUGGAUCAGGAGUUUACUGGCUACUCCCAUUCACAACGGGCUGUAGGCUGAAGAAGGUAAAAACACAAAUUACUGGAGAAGCAAAACUGGUGUAUAGAGGUGAAGAUGGAGAACUGGUUCUGACCAAAGAGUUCCGAGCGGCUUUAUUGGAUAUAUUUGAGACAAUUGAUUUGGAUGGAAAUGGCCUUCUGAGUUUGGAGGAAUACAAUUUCUUUGAACUGAGAACUAGCGGCGAGAAAUGCGAUGAGGAAGCGUGGGCUGUAUGCAAGGAGAAUUUUGAUAUGAAGAAGAAUGAGCUAACAAGACAAGGAUUUAUGGAUUUGAAUCUCAUGGAAGCCAAUGACCGUGAAGGGGAUCCUAGUGACCUUUGGGUCACUUUAUUGUCUCUGGGCUACAAUAAAGCAUUAGAAAUGACAGAGGCAUGCCCCUUUGUCAUUGACAUCUACGCAGAAAAAUGCAAACCCAGAAUUAAAGCCAUAUAUCUAGAGGCAGGCAGCUGGCAACUCAACAGGGCUGUUUGCAAGUCUGUUGUUAAUAAAGGAGAGGCCAAAGUAAUGGAUGGCUGUGAAAACAUAAUCAUCUAUACCUACAAAGUGGGCAGGAGAAUCACUUCUGUUAUUGAAAAUAAGUCUGACAACAAAGUGAUUAUUCAUGUCAACAACGAGCAGAGUAAGAACUGCCUAAGUAAUAGGGGACUUACUGUUUUUGCUGUAGAAGUGGCACCGAAGUCCAUGAUGGUUUCUCAGCACGUGAUGCCGCUGAACGAGCAGGAAGAAUGGCUUUAUAAUUGCGUGCAUUCCCUCUUACGUUAAACAUUCCAGUUAGAGAGUCCUUCAGACUAAACCAGGAUUUUUUCUGGUAGUUUCUAGGCAAUUUAUGGUAUUUCCCUUCUCCAAAAGCUGGCAUACAUUUAUGCUUCCCAGAGUUUGAUUUGUUAAAGCCAAUGAAUCACAUAAGCACUUAUUUCUGGUAUCACACUUCUGCUAAUGGCUUUUAAGAAAUGUACAGAAUCAUAGAAUCAUUCAGGUUGGAAAAGACCCUUGGGACCAUCGAGUCCAACCAUCAACCCCACUCUACAAAGUUCUCCCCUACACCAUAUCCCCCAACACCACAUCUAAACGACUCCUUUAGUCGUUUACGACUCUUUUAGUCGUGAUAGCAUAGGGAUGGAAUAAUUGUAAGUAUGUAAUACUCUCUGACAGACGAGUCAUUAUACACCGUCUAACGAAACACUUCGGCAUGAAAACAUUAAGACAAGAUAACAAUUAAUACUCUUCAGUAACACAGCUGGCAGUUGUAAUGUAAUUGUGUUUUAUGAAGGAUAGUUUCCCUAAAUAUGCUUUUAUUUUCUGUAACAUGAAAUGUAGUUCCAUCACGUGCUGGAACCGUUUCACUGAGAAGAAACUUGCUUUGUUGAAUUGGUCUGGUGGGUUCCUAAUUAAACACUAUUGUGGUUUUGACAUAAGAAGUAUAAAGGGGUGGGGUUAAUGAUUUUGUAUUGCCACCUGAUAAAGGAUUUGGUUCUUUUUUUAAAUUUUGUUUGCUUUUUUUUGUCAUUUGAUGAUAAUAUGCAUCUUAUACUUGUUCUGAAUAAUUACUGACUGUUUUAAUACUCUUUUUAUAUAAAUAAAG